AUGCAGGAGAUACGAAGACGUGCUUCCUUUCAAAAUGCUCAUUUUUUUUCGGUGUUGUUGGUUGCUGGCGGCUUGCAUGACACCGCGGCCUGCAGCUCUCUUUACGGAGGAAAGGAAGGAUUAUGUAAUGGCCGCUUGAACAGUCCUAAUGUAUUUGCCAUAGACGUCGCUAUGUGUUUUACCGUUGUUGUUCUACAGUACGGUAUGCUGGGUGAAGACGAUGAUGGUAGCAGUUCAAGACUGGUGGAAGGAAACCAAUUUAAUAUGUAG